CGCGCAACGACUUGACUGACUCAUAUAUUGUCGGUGUAUGGUCGGUACAACAGUCUGAAAAAUCAACAGCAAUACGUACGAAACAUGGCGAAUCGUCAUCUCCCAGUGCCUUCUUAAACAUCGUCGUAGUUUUAUUGAGCGAUUAUAGUGCUCAAAGAACGAUUUAAAAAAUAAGUGUAGAUACACAAGAUUUGACUGCAUCAAGUCUCGUCUUUGUUGCUUUUACUGGCGCCCCGUGGUGCUUAUCAUUCCGAGAGACCAUUGUGGGUGUAGUUUUUUGAGUGUCAUAUAUAGGUGAAAUUACACAAAACUUCGCGUGAAAAUGAGUUUCUUUAGCAAGGUGUUUGGCGGUAAAAAGGAGCCAACCGCCCCAACGACCGCCGAGGCGAUACAAAAACUUCGAGAGACCGAGGAAAUGCUCAUAAAAAAACAGGAUUUUCUUGAGAGCAAGAUUGAACAGGAAAUACAAACAGCCAGAAAGAAUGGCUCUAAGAACAGACGAGCGGCCAUUCAAGCGCUGAAAAGAAAGAAACGAUAUGAAAAGCAACUCCAGCAAAUCGAUGGGACAUUGUCCACAAUUGAGAUGCAAAGAGAAGCACUUGAAAGUGCUAACACAAAUACUGCUGUACUUACCACAAUGAAGAAUGCUGCUGAUGCUCUCAAAGCUGCACAUCAACAUAUGGAUGUGGAUCAAGUCCAUGAUAUGAUGGAUGACAUUGCUGAGCAACAAGAUGUUGCUAAGGAAAUAUCAGAUGCGAUUUCAAAUCCUGUUGCAUUUGGACAAGAUGUAGAUGAAGAUGAACUAGAGAAAGAAUUAGAAGAAUUAGAACAAGAAGAAUUAGACAAAGAACUACUGGGUAUACAAACUACAGAUGAGCUACCUGCUGUUCCUGCUACAGCCUUACCAGCAGUACCAGAAAGAAAAUCAAAAGCUAAACAAGAAGAAGAUGAUGAUUUAAGAGAGUUAGAGCAAUGGGCAUCGUAAGGCUGGAAGCCAUGAUAUUGUAUGACUGAGGAAUAACUAAAAGCAGCGGAAAUGAGUGUACAGUUGAAAUGUAAGAAAAAUCGUCAUUUGAAUGUAAAGAAUAAUUAAAAACAACAAGUUAAGGAGUUAAAAAUCACAAAUCAUUUGAAUUAUUUAUUCAUUCAAAUAUUUGCAGAAGUUUAUAAAACUCUUAAUGUUUUCUUUGAAAGCUCAGCAGGCUAAUGCUCAUAGAGUAAAAUAAAUAGAUAAUAAAAUAUCUAAUUUAUAAAGAAAAGUUUGCAAAUUGCAGCCUUUUUAAAACUGCUUGCUGUCUAACUCAUUGGAUGAGUUAUGCUUCAACAAAUAUAGUAUGUAAAUUAUUAAAUUAUAAAAUUUUGAUUGGUGAGAUGAUAAAUAGUAUAUUGUGAUAUUCUUAUCUAUAUAUAAUAAUAUAUUCUCAAAUUUAAAUGUCGUAUUUACUAUAAAUUAAACACUGUUUUUAUUAAUUCAUUUAGAAAUAGUUUUUAUCAAAUUGAUUAAAUUUUCAAACGAUCAGUUUUUUACUAAAAGCAAAUAAGAUUAAUUUCCUAUUUUUUAUAACGAGCAUACAAUACAUUUAACAGAGUUAAUUUGCAAAACGCGAUCAUUCUGCAGAACGAAUUCAAGUGAUUAUUUCUGAACCUUUGUUGUCACAUUGAUGUACAUAGUUAUAAUAUUUUGAAGUUAUAGCAGAACAAAUUUUAAUAAUAAAUUUUGGAACUUUGUAUAAUCAUAUUUGCUAUAUCAAUUAUAAUAAAUAUAAUUUUGCUUUGUAUACAAUUACAUUUUCAAUCCUUUAACAUUGCAUUAAAGUUUGGAAGUGAUGGGCAAAUUGUUAAUUUGUUUGAAAAUUUAUACAGCUUUAGCAUUGUAGUAGUUGCUAUUGUGUGUUGAUGAGUUAAGCGUGAAAGUCAUUUUUAUUUUG